CAACCAAACUGACAACUCAUACAAAAUGGCGGAAUGGGGAAAGAAACGCAACGGGCGGGGUGCGGUUUCGACUGAGGACAUGCUAGAAGACGAGAAUAAUAGGCUAGCGGAUAAUUUGGCGGCGAAAGUGUCACAACUGAAAUCGAUUGCUCUUGAUAUUCAUGAUGAAACUGAAGAACAAAAUAGACACCUGAAUGGCAUGGACAAUGAAUUUGACAGCACCCAUGGCCUACUCGGUGGAAGUUUCAAAAGAGUACAAGGAAUGAUCCAGUCUGGAAGAGGAAACCGGAAACUUAUGUGCUACAUCACUCUCUUCUUAGUGGCCUUCUUCUUUGUCACUUACUUCCUGAUGGAAAAAGUUCUCAGUCGAUAAUAAAUACACUAGCAUCCUUCUUUCAAAACAACAAAUAUUAUAUAUUUUGAUAUAUUUACAAAGACACAGACAAAGAACGAGAGAGUAUUGUUCUUCCGUAUAACUGUUUGCAUUACCAGAAUAGCACCCGUACAAACUGGAGGAAGGAAUGGUUUGGACCUUUCACGGGAUAGAUGAGAAUUAAAGUGCUCACAUGGAAAAUGUAUAUUCAUGAACAUCUCGUAUGUACAUGAUGUGAUUCGGUAACGACUGUGAAUGUGAAACUACUCGUGACACGACAGAAUCUCUGCAAUAAUGUAAAUAUAUCUUGAUCUAUCAAUCAAGAAUGCAUUUAUAAGUGAAAUCAUUUUCAUGUGAAUCUGUUUUGACAACACAUUGACAAAAAGAAAACAAUAAAAAAAAAACACAAAACUUUCCAGCAUCAAUUCCAGUCUUGCAAUUGCUGCCAACAUUCAACACCUUUAUCAUCAUAAGAUCUUGCUUCUUUUGAGUAAAUUACUUAGAAAGUUUUGCCAAAUUUUUCUGUGGUGCUCAUUAGGUGGUUGUUAGCUUUUGACUAAUUGCUAUUGUGAAUUGACAAGCUCAUGACCGACUCUGGACAAGUUGUGGCAAACAUGACAUGAAUGAACAUGUUUAGUGCAAUGAAGCCUGUGUUGUGAAAAGAUACCAGCUAUAUAAAAUGAUUCUGAACAUUAAAGUUCUUUUUCGGUUCCACACAGCGCUGUAAAUUACCGAAAGUACCGAAAGAAGGGGGGAAAAAAAAGUUGAGCUUCUUCAAACCACCUUAUCAUAUCUGAUGUAUUUUAUUCUAGUGUAUGUUAUUACAUGUAUUUAGUUAUCGUAAUUGCAAAAUCUGUAUAUACUGUAUUAUGCUUUGUCUUCAGUGUAAAUAAAAGGAUUUAUCUCCACUCCUGUGGGGUGGUGCACUUAUUGUUUUUAA